GACGUGCCGGGAGCGCGGCAGGAGGAGGCGAACGGGACCCGCGCGCGGCCCGGCUCCUCACGGAGCUCCCGGACUGCGCCGGCCUCCAUGUGAUGUUCUGGGUCAGAAAUGCCUUAUGUGGAUCGUCAGAAUCGCAUUUGUGGUUUCUUAGACAUUGAAGAAAAUGAGAAUAGCGGGAAGUUUCUGCGGCGGUACUUCAUUCUGGACACGAGAGAAGACAGUCUGGUCUGGUACAUGGAUAACCCCCAGAAUCUUCCCUCUGGGUCUCCGCCUGUUGGAGUCAUUAAACUUACCUAUAUUUCAAAGGUUAGCGAUGCAACUAAGCUGAGGCCAAAGGCAGAGUUCUGUUUUGUUAUGAAUGCAGGGAUGAGAAAAUAUUUUCUACAAGCCAAUGAUCAGCAAGACCUAGUAGAAUGGGUGAAUGUUCUGAACAAAGCUACCAAAAUCACAGUACCAAAGCAGUCUGAUCCUCUGUGUCAAAUGGAUAAUGCAAACCGUCAAGCUGAAAGCCCAGGUGGAAAGAAGCAAGUGUCUUACAGGACAGAAAUUGUUGGUGGUGUUCCUAUCAUUACCCCUACCCAGAAAGAAGAAGUCAACGAGUGCAGUGAAGGAGGUGACAGGAGUUACCUGAAACGAUCACAAAGUCACCUUCCUUAUUUUACUGCCAAACAUCCCCCAGAUAAUGCUAUUAUCAAAGCUGGCUACUGUGUAAAACAAGGAGCAGUGAUGAAGAACUGGAAAAGAAGAUACUUUCAGUUGGAUGAAAACACAAUAGGAUAUUUUAAGUCCGAACUGGAGAAGGAACCUCUCAGAGUUAUACCACUUAAAGAGGUCCAUAAAGUUCAGGAAUGCAAACAAAGUGAUAUCAUGAUGAGAGACAAUCUCUUUGAAAUUGUCACUACUUCUCGAACCUUUUAUGUACAGGCCGACAGCCCAGAAGACAUGCACAGCUGGAUAAAAGCCAUUUCUGGGGCCAUUGUAGCACAGCGGGGACCUGGAAGAUCAGCAGCUUCCGAGCAUCCCGAGUCUUCUUCCGACCCCAACCAUGCUCUCCGUUCUGCCCUCCCAGCCCCAGCCACCUCACAUUCCACAGCCACUCACAACAGCCCUCUGGUCCCAAACCCUCACGCCAAAUACCCUGCCUUGGAGAAGCGAGGAUUUCACGAAUCUUUUACCAAGGCCAAGCCAGGGAGCUACAAGAUCCCGGCUGUCGCUGCAAGAGAAUCAGCUGCCAAAGUGACUGAACAGGGCCUCUGGGAACCCCAAAGCAAAAAUGGCACUCAGGAACAGGAUCCUGGCCUUGUGGAUCUGGAUGACGCCAGCCUUCCAGUUAGCGAUGUGUAAUGAUGGAAGUGUUUGGAGAAUGAUCCAUUUGUUCGGUCCUCUAAUUUCCUUGCUCAGACUUUUAACCAAAGAAAAUUACAGGAAAUAAGAACGAAAAUAAAAAGCAAACACUGAUUUUUAUAUAUAUAUAUAUAUGUAUGUGUGUUUAUGUACACAUAUGUGUAUAUAUAUAUAUGUUUGUUUGUAUAUUGCCUUUCAGCCGAGGGUCAAAAAUGGACCUCAUGCGUUUUCUCAAAGCCUGAUAGUGAAUCACCAGGGAGGGGCCAAACUGCACAAUUUACAAUGAACUAAACAAAAGACAAAACCAAAAAUGUACUUUUGCAGGUUAGCAAAGUACCAGCAACUUUUCAUUCCUGAUCUGGCAAACUAAAUUUACAAUUAAUGCUGUGCUGUGAAAACCUGAUUGCCAAAAUAUGUGAUUACUUAAACUUCAUUCUGAACUACGGUAAGAUUUUAUGCAUGUGUGAGAAUUGUUUCUCUCCAUGGCUUUCAGAUAGCAGGAAAUGCACAAAAUGUUUCUUCUGUUCUUUAGGAUCAAAAGUGUCAACUGAAUUGUUAUCAGAAUAAGAAUUCUGGGCUCCCUUGGAAUUCUAGUUAUGGUGCUGAAAAAUUUCCACUAAAAUAAUAUUUUGAAUAGUCUAUUUUUGAUGCACUCCUAAAGGUGGGUUAUAACUUUUUGCACAUUUGGAUUUUAACGGACUGCAUGUAAUGUUAUGGAGUGGGGGAGGAGGGAAAUUGGACUUGUGAGUUUGGACACUUUGGACCUUUUGAACUACGUAGGGUUUAUAUUGUGUUACAUGAGGCUUUGCAGUAAUUAUUUUUGUUCAGUGUCUGAACGUAUCGUUUGAUUACUGUGUUGAGGAUGGUUUUCUCAUCAGUGCUUUGUGAACAGUUGUUUCUGUGUUGGAUCAGUGGAAGACCUCCUCGUUUAGUUUUGUCCUUAUUGGUACUGAACUGUUCACAGUCAUGCAAUUGUGGCCUAUAACUUUUGGUGCACUAACGAUCUUAAGUGCCUGUGUUUUUUCUCACGUUGUUGAAACACUUUCACAUUAGGUGUGUACACAAACCAUUCUCAGUGGCUUUGGACCUCGGGUUGAGAGUUGUUCUGAAUAGCAUUGUUUGAAACGGCUGUUUAGAAAUAGAAAGCCUGCGCUAGGGAUGCCAGGCUUCUGGUAUUGCAUCUACUGGCUGUGCAAUAGAUGUUUUUGGGAAAGAGAGAAUGAAUGCUUGUCGUUUGUGUACACUGCGUCACGGGGCUUCGGUGGUGCAGAGGGGAGGAACCUUUACAUUUCAAGCAUUGCAUUAGAUUGAGCGUGUGCUUCUCAUCGUUUCUGAAAAGCUGUUCUAAUCAGAAGCCCACGGAUGUGUCAUUGCUGCUGCUUACUGUGGUUCAGUCCAGCUUUGUGUUACUUUUUUGCCUGCUCUGACCUAAGAUACAUAUCAUACCAGUCCAUCUGCUCUCUGACUUCCAAACUGACUUCCUGCCUGAGAGAUACGGAUGGCUUUACCGUGAUCGUUUGCUGAUCCAAGGAUGGAACAGUGAAAUAUAGUCUAAUUUCAGAACCUUAAGUUAUGUCAGCACCUUCAUUUUUUAUCCAUAAGCUAACUAACCACAGUCUUAAGGCAGUGGUGUUUGUAUAUUACUGGUUUUCUUUGACUCUUUAGAUACAUGUGAAAACUAGCACAGAAUUGGAAGCUUCUGUAAGUGUCUAAACUAGUAUUGUAGGUUUUAACUUCUUUAGAGACAAAACAAUAGCUCUUCAAAGGCUUAUUUUUUCACAAGUACAUUCGGUGUGGAAGACACUUUGCAUUAAAAUAUUUUUACUGUAGUCUAACAUCUGAAAUCACUUGCUCUGGUACAGCUUUCACACUGCAUGUUCAUUUUACUAUAUUUUGGUAUUGGCAAUUUUACACAUCGGGUGGAGGUGAAGCAGCUCCAUUGUGGAUCUUUUAAAAAGAGAGGGAGGGGGGCAACAGAAAGAACUACUGAUGUAGCUCAGUAGAAUAGGGAAAUAUUUGUGGUUGGUAAUUGUCAGGGUCUCCUAUUUAUCAGUACUUUUAUAAAUCUAUGAAAAUUGUUAAAUUAUUUUAGAAACAGUGCUGUAAAUAUGUCACAUUUAAAUUGUCAAUAAAUCACUUUGGGUAACUUAAA